UCCGUGAAGGCAGCAGCAACAGCAGCAGCAGCGCGCGGACAGAGAAACAAUCAUGGCUGACGCGGUGUCUGACAGUGAGAAGCAGGCAGCGAAGCAGCCACCCAAACGCAGACGCAUCCUGGACCCUUCAGCCAUCGUCUCAGUUCCCGUUUACUCAAACAAGGUGAGCAGCAGUCUGCAGCUGAAGCCAACGGCAGAAAUGUUCGCUGGAAAAGAAAACUCCGACGACGUGGCAGACGACAGUUUGUGGUCUCCGUUCUCGUCUCCGAAGCGGAGCUCCACCGUGGUCAUCGGCCUCAGCGACUCUGAGGACGAAGCCGAACACGUGGAGAAGAAAACAGAACCAGCAGCCAUGCGCUGCCGUCUCCGCCGCUCCCCCCUCCCUCCCCCUGUCCCCCCCCUCCCCCCCCCCCAGUUCCAGGGUGUCCUCCCCGACAUCGAGCAGUAUUUCGGGAUUGAUGACGGGAAGUCCGGCCUACUCCAAACCGUUUUUAUCUGCAGUUACAUGUUCUUGGCUCCGGUCUUCGGUUACCUGGGCGACCGGUACAACAGGAAGUUCAUCAUGAGUGUCGGCAUCUCAUUCUGGGCUUUGGUGACUCUGGCCAGCUCCUACACCCCCAAAGAGUUGAUUGUUGUCUGGUUGUCUGAAAGGGGUCCAUCUGACAUUCUUGUCGAUAUCUUUCUCCCUGUCAGCGGGCUCGGAUACAUCGUGGGCUCGCAGGUCGGUAACCUAGCGCAGGACUGGCACUGGGCUCUGCGGGUCACUCCGGGGCUGGGCCUGAUACGCCCAUCGCUGCUGCUGCUCGCUCUUACUUUCUGUUUUCAUGCAGCACUAACGUGUGUAUUAUUUUCUGUUUGCUGUGAAUAUAAUUUAAUUCUAAUAAGCCAAACCUUGUGUCCCAGUUUGAGUUGUUUCCCGCUGCUGAUGUGCGUCUCUCUCGUCUGCAGCUACAGCUUCGUGUUGUCGACCUUCGGCUUCACGGCGGUGGCGUUUGUGACCGGCUCGCUGGCUCUCUGGGCGCCGACCUUCCUCUUCAGAGCCGCCGUCUUCAACGGGGAGAGGGCUCCCUGCGUGGAGGGAAACUGUGCCGCCUCAGACAGUUUGAUUUUCGGGGCCAUCACCGUGGUUACGGGCCUGCUGGGCGUGACCAGCGGCGUGCUGAUCAGUCGGCAGCUGAGGGACCAGGGCCGUAGGCGACCAGCUGGUCUCUACGCAGCCGCUCUCCUCUCGGCUCCUUUCCUCUACCCUGGCAUGCAUCUCGUCAUCGCAAGUGUCUCCUGUCUGUCCCCUCAGGCCUUCAUCUUCCUGGGAAACACCUUCCUGUCCAUGAACUGGGCCAUCGUGGCUGACAUGCUGCUGUACGUGGUCGUUCCAACGCGGCGCUCCACAGCUGAAGCUCUGCAGAUCGUCAUCAGUCAUCUCCUGGGAGACGCAGGGAGUCCAUACAUGAUAGGAGUGGUUUCGGACUCUCUGAGGAAGACGGACUCGUUCCUGUGGCAGUUCCGCUCUCUGCAGCUCUCUCUGCUGCUCUGCUCCUUCGUGGCUGUGAUUGGUGGAGGCUUCUUCCUCGCCACCGCCCUCUUCAUCGAAAGGGACCGCCAACGGGCAGAGAACCACGCCUCCACAGAAGACGAGCCGAUCGUUGUACCGAAGAGCGGCCGGUCCACCAGAGUCCCGGUGUCCAGCGUCCUCAUCUGAAGACACACGCCCGUGGUUACCAUAUUUAACGUUUUUAAGGACUGUGACCACCGAUUGGACUAUCUGCCAUGCAGAGAAGUUUAUUUUUAAGCUCUUGAUAUGAUGCUUUUUUAUAAUUUUACCGUGCCCGGGGACACGCCGCUGCCACCGUUUGUCUUGGGAGAAGUUGUUUUGGCCUUUUUUGUUUCCAGGAGUUUUUUGGAAAGUUUUCAGAGCGGACAUCAUGUGGAGAGGCUCGGCAGAGAAGCACCAGAAGCUGCCAAACCGACCUGAUCAUCUCCAAAGUGAUGGACGUCGGUCGUACCUUCGGUGGGACUCUGAGGCGGCUGAUCUGGGAUCAGCCAGAGAUGAUUCCUAUCUACUGUAACCACAACCAAAACACAGGCUGCUUUGUCCUCCCAGAGUUAUUUUAUAUACAGGAGAAGCUUUAUUAAUCAGUUUAUAACCCUCGUUUGUAUAUGUGUCAGACAGUUUUAACACUAAUAUUCUUAAAGUCAUCCAUGAAGCAGAAGACGAUGAUCCAAGAGGUCAUCUGUUUAUCUUUUACAAACAUCGCGGCUGUUUUUAAUCCUGUUUCUGUAGUUUGAAAUGUUCCCGGUGUAAAGGCCCUGACCCACCAACCCGAUAAUCGGCCGUCUUCAGAGGUAUUGUUGAAGUGAUGGUUCGGAGUAAUUUCACCCUAGGGUCCUUUUGCACCAUGACCUCGAGCCAAACACCCCCCA